GUCCGCUACAUAACUUUUUUACCUCUGGUAACACGUUAAACAGGUGACGCAUUUAUCAAUUUCGCUUUAUGUCAAAAAAGUACAGACAAAGACUGUAAUUAAAUUUUGUAGUUUUGUUUAAUUUGUAUAAAUUUUAUCCGCAAUGUCGUCCAGGAAAAAGGUUUUGUUGAAGGUAAUUAUACUCGGAGAUAGUGGGGUUGGUAAAACAUCGCUCAUGAAUCAGUUUGUCAACAAGAAAUUUUCCAACCAGUACAAGGCAACAAUAGGGGCAGAUUUUCUCACGAAAGAGGUAAUCGUGGAUGAUAGAAUCGUCACAAUGCAAAUUUGGGAUACUGCUGGCCAAGAACGUUUCCAAUCGCUUGGAGUUGCGUUCUACCGCGGGGCGGAUUGUUGCGUCUUAGUUUUUGACGUAACGGCCCCCAACACGUUCAAGUCCUUGGAGAGUUGGAGAGACGAAUUCCUUAUCCAGGCCUCACCGCGUGACCCUGAGAAUUUUCCAUUCGUGAUAUUAGGUAAUAAAGUCGACCUAGAAAAUCGUGCUGUUUCUGCUAAACGGGCACAGCAAUGGUGUCAGAGCAAAAACGACAUACCCUAUUAUGAAACCAGUGCCAAAGAGGCUGUGAAUGUAGAGUUAGCAUUCCAGACAAUUGCUCGCAACGCACUUGCACAGGAGACAGAAGCAGAGUUGUACAAUGAUUUCCCUGACCACAUUAAACUAAAUGCUAAUGAUAACAGCCGUAAUAAGGAUGGAGACAACUGUGCCUGCUAGAUUGCAUGUAUUAUACCCCAGUGCUGGCAACAUACUAGAGUCUUAUCUUUUUUUAAAUGUAGCAUUAUUUUGUAAGUAAUGAUUUCUUUUUAUUAAUAUCAUGUAAAAAUGUAUAGAAAAAAACACAUGCAUUGAGUGUAUUGUUUGCUGUGCACAUUUAAAUGUUAAAAAAAUGACUUGCACUUUAAAAAUUCUGCUUCUAGCACUAUAAAACUUAGGAAAGAUGUUUCUUAAGAAAGUACAAUUGCCAAAUAUGGAAAACUUUAAAUAAAAAAUUUUUUGGCUGUUAGAAACUAUUUCAAAUGACAUGGUUGUAGGAAUAUAAAUGUUGUAUGUGAGAAAAUAUCUCAACAUUUUUGUAACUCAUAAUGUGAACAACACUAUUUACUUUUGUUUUAUUCUAAAGAAGAAGAUAGCAUAUUUCGUCAAUUUGUUGCUGUUAUCAUCAUAUUAUACGGAAAGUGUUGAAUAAUCCAAAGGUUUAUAUCCCUACUACCAAAUACAGUGCACUGGCAUUACAUGUUAGUUAAUGUGUUUGUUAAAUUUUGAAUGGGAGUAAAAUAUAUACAAAAUUUUAUUUAUCAUGGUACCCUAUGGUUAUAAUGUAGUGAUAAAUUAUUUAAUAUAGGUAAUAUUACAGGAUCUGGUUUCUACAUAGUAAUAUAUAAAAACUGCUGGCAAACAUUACUUUUGUGGUAUAUUUAACUACCAAAUUACUAACAAUAUUCCUCACUGAUUGAAAUAUUUCUGUAGCACAGUGGUCAAAAUUUGCACCUUGCAAUUUUCCAAGAUAGAAUUUAUUUUUAUAUGACUAUUUUGUUUAAAAAUAAUUUGAAAUUUAAAAAUGUGAUAUUUUAUUCAGUUAUAGUUGAUUCAGUUGACCUUAUUGUUACACUAUCAAUACUUCUGUUUAGUAGUAUUCAGUAAUAUAACUGAAAUUGACUGCUGUGUUAUUAUUUCAUAAUCCCCAUAAAGUAUAAUAAUAUUGUGAUAUGUUUAUGGAGAUGUUUAUGUGAAUGCAUAAACUUUAUUAUACUUACCUUAAUAUGUUUUGUAUAUAUUUGGAUUUUAAAACAUUAGAUAUAAGUAGAUAAUGGCAACAAAAUCCCUUUUUGACUUUGUCAUUGAGUGGUAUGGGAAAAACAAAAUUAUACAUACAAUAUUGAAUUCAUAUUGUUAUUAAUCAUAAACAUGUAAUUAUGUGUAAGAUAUGACAUCAGAAAUGGGCAGCUUUUGAAAAGCAAAUAAACAAUUUGAGUGAUUACCAGCCAUACUCAGAAACAUCAAAUUCAUUUAAUACUUCAUGAACUGCAUUAUCUUAUUCUUUUGUUAUCGCAAAGAAAGACAUCAACUUAAACAAACUGCACUCACAGAAGUCAAGUCAUUUUUAUAACUUGACUUCUGUGAGUGCAGUCAUAAGAAAUAUUUUGAAAAGCUAUUAUUGAUGUUUUUCUGAUUUUUACUAGUAAUUCCGACAAACCAAUAUUGUAUUAUUUAAAUUACUAUCUUUAUAAUAAGUACACACUUGAUGCCUUGCCACUCAUUUAGUUUAAAUCAUUAGAGUCUGACUCAUAAUUUUGAAUUCUCAUUUUGUUAUACUACAUUGCAUGCCUAAAAUAUAUUACUAUUAUUAUCCAUUACAAAUUGUAAGUAAUAAUAAGAACUAGCUAUAAAGAUAACAAAGUUUAAUGUAUGCUGUAAUAAUGGUUGCUUUUAAUUUUAUAUCAAUAAAUAAAAACUUUAAAACUACUGUUACUUGAUUUUAAAUUAAUUUCAGCAAUUUCAUUAAUACUUUGUAGGUUUUGUUAUUUAGUUAUGUCAUAAAUUCUAUAAAUAAUACAUAAUGAAAGUUUGAGUGUGUUUGUUACUUAACCACGCAAAAACAUCUGAACGGAUUUGCAUGAAAUUUUAUACAUGGACAGCUUAUAACACGGAAAGAGAGAUAUGAUACUUAUUAUCUUGGAAAAAUGUUAGGUUCCUGUGGGAUUUCCAAACAACACAGACGAAACAAGAAGAAGUUGGAAAGAAUUACAAAAAAGAAUUCUUAUUCAAGCAUAGUUUGUGCUAAUGCUGUUUUUAGGUAACUUGAACUUUUUAGGUGGUAAAAAUAAUUCUUUUUUAAAAUUAAAGAAUUAUUUUCAUGUCAGAUACUUCACCGCAAUCGUUUUUAUUUUGAAAUUAAACAAUAAAUAGGAAAAUAAUAUUUUCAACAAUUUUUCACAAAUUAGAAAAACAAUAUAAAUC